CGCCUUCCCCAUUCGCCCGGCCGAUUCACCAGCGCCCCAAACCCCCAGCCGAAUCCGCGUCGCCUCGCCUCGCCUCCCGAUGUCGCCGGCUGCUGGUGGCCCCGCGCCCACGCCCGCUCAAUCGGCGCCCGCCGUCCCGCAGGCGAUCGCGCCGCCGCCGGGGCCCGGCCGUGCGGCGCCCGCGGCGCCCCGCCGGGAUCCGCCGGGCGACCCCGAGGGGGCCGAUCCCGCCAAUGCGGCGGCGAGGAAGACGCCGUGGAGCAUGCUGGUGCAGCCCCCCGCCGCGGCGUCGGCGGCGGCGGCGGGGGAGACCCCAGAGAGUGGCGGCAUCAUCGGUGGGGAUGCUUCGUGGCCGGCGCUCGCGGGGUCGACGCGCGCGGGCCCCAAGUCGGGCUCGUCCGACUCCCUCAAGGCACUCUCCGAUGCGUCCGGCCCGUCGCCUCAGGAGGUUCCAAUUGCCGCUCCAUCGGUACCCCCAUAUCCAGUUGUGGGGGCUAAUCCGAUUCCCACCGCCCAAAACCCUACCUCCAUACCUCCUCCCAUGGCCGCGGCUUCCUCUCAGCAGAACGGUGGCACAACCCAGACGAUUCCAGUUCGGCGCGGUGGCAGCAGCGGUGGAAACGGUGGAGGUGGCAGUCGUGGGUAUGGUAGCAUUGGUGGUCGCAGGGCUGCCAAUAGUAAUGGAGGUGAUGGGAGCAGCGGCAGCGGUGGUGAUGAUAACUGGAAUAAUGGAAGCCUUGGUACUGGCAGUGGUUGCAACAGCACCAAUGGCGAUGGUUCUAUCAACUUGGAUGAUAAUGCCCCUGGCGCUGGUCAUGCUGGUGGGAAUGGCAAUGGCAGCAGCAGAGAUGCUCCUGGGAAUAGACACUGGAACCACAACAUACGUGGUGGUAUCAGCAGUAACGGUGCUGGUAGUGGUGAUGGGAACAAUAGAAAUAGUAGUGGUAGCAGCAACCACUGGAAUAAUAAUCCCCGAAUUAGUAGUGGCAGUAGCAAUGGCGUUGGAGGUCGUGGUGGUUACCGUGGUCGCCGUGACCAUGAGAGAGGGGCUAACUUCCCUAGGAAUUUCCCCAGAGUUCCAGUAAUGCCAUAUCAACAGCAGCAGCAGCCUGGCAUCUACCAGCCUGGACCUUUUUACCGACCGCCGCCACCUGCUGCCCAUUUUAUGGUGCCACAACAUUUUUAUGCUCCACCAUUUCCCUACCCUGCGGAUGUGCAACCCUAUCCUUUCUAUGUCCCACCAGUAGAGCAGUUUCAGAACAUGCAUCUUGUUCGACCACCCAUGCAGCCUUCAUGGGUUCCUCCUCAGGAUCUGCCAAAUCUCCAAGAUGAUAUUAGGAAUCAGAUAGAGUUCUAUUUUAGCACAAAUAAUCUAUGCCAUGACACAUUCUUGAGAAGACAUAUGAACGAUCAAGGAUGGGUACCUAUCAACCUAAUCUUAGGGUUCAAUCGGAUGAGGGCAUUUACGAGCUUGGUUGACACCAACUACAUAUUAGAUGCUAUCCGUGGUUCUGAGUUAUUGGAAGUGCAGGGAGAUAAUGUUCGGAGGCGCAAUGAUUGGAUGGAAUGGCUACUUCAUUAACGCUGUCCACUAGCAAAUCAGGUUAAGAUGCCAAAAUGCAGCCGCAUGCUAUCUUCGGGGAACUGAAUAGAAGUCUUGUGGAAAAUUAUAUGGAGGAGUCCUGCAAAUUGACGCAUUUACAUGACAAUCUCGAUGCAUGCUACACGUCUCUGCGUACUAAUGUGAAACUAGAUCAAAUCUUGGCACGUUUAGGAGCCAGUGUCCCUGCCCAGGCCAUCGAUAGGUCGACUCCAUGUUGUAUAUUGGCUAGCUCUGUAGCUUGGCUCACUGGCUCUUAAACGUGGGAAGGCUUGAUCUAGUUUGAGAUUGGUGCACAAGGGCAUGUGGCAUGGAUCAAGAUCGUACUAUAAACGCGUCGGUUUGCAGGAUAUAGAUUUUAUUUUCUAAGUCUUGGGUGAUUUGAUCAUGGGCACCGGGUACCGGAUCCGUGGACUGAUGUACAGUGGGUCUAUUGGAAGCGGGAAGAUUUUGUUUGUUUAGAUCGGACAUGAUGGCUGCACGUAAAGCCACUAUUGAGGGGAUAAAUAACAGGAAAUAAAUUUACUUAAAAGU